AUGGAAUAUCUCCCGAUUUGUCAGAAACUAGCUCAUCAGAAUGCUAGUUUAAACACAGAGGUCAAGUUAAAGAAUUCACCAGAAAAAUUGAAACUCGUGUUAGAAACAGUCACAUUUCAUUUACUUUCUAUUAUGGAUGGAUCAACAAAAUCAUCUGCCUUCUUUGAAAAACUUCGAAAACAUUUCGACAAUGAGCCCACAAAUUUGGAAACGGAUGUGGAAUAUUUCUGUAUGGUGACAGGAACAGUUCCGAGCCAGAUUCACAUCCCCUUGGGUUGUUUUCUUCUAUUGUCGUCACAAAUGAAAAGCAAUUACAGUACUGAGCAUCUCGUAAAAUGGAUAGAAUCAAUUCAGGCAAAAUCAGUUAUCGAGAGUUAUUCAUAUGUACAUAAUUUGGAGGAAGUGCCCAAAUUUGUAUUAUUUGAUGUAAUGUUAAGAAAUCCGCAGUUCAAGGAAGAGUUUUUGCUUCAAAAGGAUAUAUGGCUACAUAACUUGAAACCGUUUGCACUACAGCGGGGAGGCCAAACCUUUAUUUUAAAGUCGAUUAUUGACAAUUUGAUUUACUAUGGUAUUAUGUUUGAGCUGGAUACUUUGGCAGAAAUACUAAAAACUACCUUGGACUUUUUCCAAUCAUCUAGAACUGGUGUUAAUGUGCAUUUGGAUGAUGAUUUUAUAAAUGAGUUGAUCUGGAACACAGCUUUAUACUCAUUUAGAUAUAGCGAUAUUAAGCCACUGUCGAUUGCCAAUAUUCAAGAACUUUUAGUGACAUAUCUUAGUCUGGUGGAAAAAUUAUCAUUCAAAGCAUACAUGGGUAUCACUUUAGUGGUGUCAAAAGUAUCUCGAGAAAGGGGCGAAAAGCUUUUUCACAUUGCUGAAAGCAAAUUCAUUAACCAGAAAACUACCCUGAAAGAGAUGGUGGCCUACUAUAUGACCCAAUUAUACCUUGCAAAGUCCCCGGAAGAUUUGGUUCACAUAUUCAAUAUCGCUAUCAAGAAAUACAAGUUGUCCUCUAAGCUAUGGCUAGUUUUUAUUAGAAAGUUGAGUUUAUUUGGUUUGCUUGAUGAAAAAAGAGCCACUAAGAUUCUCAAGAAAAUGGUUCUGACAAAUGUGAAUAUCAAUAGUGACAUCAUUACUGAACUUUCAAAGUCGGUAGUUGAUUUUACCGUUUUGGAAGCGAUGAUUCAAAUGGUAGGCACAGAAAAGGCAAGAUUUUUUUUGACAAGGUACAUUCAAUUGAUGAACUUGUACGAUGGUAGACUUUCCCAAAUAGAGUUGCCAUGGGACAGGAAAUUUGAUAAAUCGAGUGCUUAUAAAGGAUUUUCAAGUAUAGCAGAUUACACUCGUUAUCUAUGCACAUUACUACCUACAACAUCCAUUCAUCAAAUCAGUCUACUUUUGGAAAACGAGGCAAAGAGAAACCCACAAAAUACAUUCCAAAUUUAUAAAAAAGAGCUUUUGGAUAAGGCAUUAUCUCCGAAUAAAAAAUGUUUGGGGGUUUUGUUAGCAGUGGCAUAUGAUUAUGGUGAUUUUGAAGCGUGGGAUAGAUAUAGAGCACCACAGGUGGCAAUUCGUGAAUUUCAGCGGCAUGUCAAGACUACAAAAACCGGAAUAGAGCCAAACGAAUGGUUAUGGAACAAGUACAUCAAAUUGCUCCUGAAGUAUGAUUACAUUUCAGAAUUAUCAAAAAUAAUGAAAUGGUGGGACGAUUUGAAAUUCGAGCCGAGUAAGGGACUACUCCUACUAUUAUUGUCGGCGUUGCCACGUGAAUUUUCUGAAAGACACAUAAAGCAUCACGAAAAGUUGCAACUGAAAAGAGAUUGGCCAUGGCCAAGUAUAGAAGAGUUUAAUGCAUUUACUGUAAAUAGAGACACCAUGAAAUAA